AUGGUCCACGGGUGGCACAAGAUGGGUGGGACCGCGCUCGAGACCUCCAGGGGCGGGUUCGACCUCCACAAGAUUGUGGACGCCAUUCGAGAUCGCGGCUUCAACCAGGUAUACAUAAUUGGUGGUGACGGCACAAUGCGCGGCAUGCUCGAGAUCUUCAACGAAAUUAGGCGCCGCAACCUCCACGUUUUGGUUGCCGGGAUCCCCAAAACAGUAGACAACGACGUUGGCAUCAUCGACCGCUCGUUCGGGUUUCAGACGGCUGUUGAGAUGGCUCAGCACGCAAUCUGCGCAGCCCACACGGAGGCUGAGAGUGCCGUCAAUGGCGUGGGACUUGUCAAGCUAAUGGGCCGCAGCACGGGCCACAUCGCCCUGCACGCUACCCUCAGCAGCCGGGACGUGGACUGCUGCCUCAUCCCCGAAAACGACUUCUUCUUGGAAGGCAAGGGCGGCCUCUUCGAAUUUCUCGAUGGCCGGCUGAAAGAAAACGGGCACGCAGUAGUGGUCGUGGCCGAGGGUGCGGGCCAGGACGUGAUGCUGAAAUCCGGCGAGCAAUCGCAUGUGGAGGAGAGGGAUGAGUCGGGAAACCCGGUUUUCAUGGAUGUGGGUGGGUGGUUGAGGUCGGAGCUCAAGAGGUGGUGGACUGGGGCCCACCCGGGGGAGCUCUUCACGGUGAAAUAUAUCGAUCCCACAUACAUGGUCCGAGCGGUCCCAGCGAACGCGACUGAUAAUUUGUACUGCACACUCGUGGCGCACUCGGCCAUCCACGGGGCGAUGGCCGGGUAUACGGGCUUCGUCUGCGGGCUGGUAAAUGGGAACUAUGCGUAUAUUCCGGUGGAGGAGGUGGCUCGAGCAAAGAACAUGGUCGACACAAGCGAUCAUAAGUGGGCCUGGGUUAGGUCCAUCACUAAUCAGCCUGAUUUUGGGAAGAGUUAA